AGGUUUCCCACAGUGGAGUUGUUCUACCAAAAAUCGAGUUGUAGGGAUUGUGGCAAAUUUGAGUUCAAGUAGGAAAAGUGACAUAAAAGUCGAGUUUCGUGUGGUAGAAACUUUUUCAUUUCCUGUUCUUCUCCUUCAACCUCCAUCAAUCUUUGGUCUGCAAUCGAAGAAGAAAACACCAGAGAAACUGACCCCCUUCAUCUCCUCGGCUGGUUCGCAACCUGUUCGCAGGCAAUCAUCAAAUUCAAAUAAAUCCCAUUUUCGGAAUCAAAAUCCAGUAAACGAAGAGAACCCAAUUCUUGAUUUUAGCUGCGGGAGACUGACGAACGAUUCAAUUGGAAUUUGUUUGGGCGAAUUAAAAGGAUUUUGGGAUGAGAAUCAGUAAAACAGAGGUGAAUUUGAAGAGGCUGCUUGCAGCUGCGCCUCAGCAACAGAACCAGGCAAAACUUGUACAUUAUGUUGCUACUUUACGAGAACUGGUAGAACAACUAGCUGAAGAGAGAACUCCAGAAGGCUUACCAAGAGUUUCAAAGGCUGUUUUGAGUGACUAUUCAGAGAAGAUUGAAGCCAUUGCUUCCAAAUUAGCUGCUCCACCGCCUGAUAUUCAAACACCCGAAGAGCCCCUUGCAAGAAUUUCUGUCAAAGCAAACUCUUCUGAUACAGGAGACAAUCAGAUUCCCCCUUCUCCAGGUUUGAGAAGGAGAUUUGUGCCAAUCUCAAGUACUGAAGAUGGAACUCGUGAGACUGCUGGUGUUGAUUCUUCAGGGCCUGUCAAACUGGAUGCUGCAGCCCAAGAACACAUUGAAAAGCAUAGAAAGCUUCAAGAGGAUUUGACGGACGAAAUGGUUGGAUUGGCUAGGCAGCUCAAAGAGAGUAGUCUCAUGAUGAGUCACUCCCUGGAAAACACUGAAAAAAUACUUGAUUCUACAGAGAAGGCUGUUGAAAGUAGCUUGGCAAGCACUGGUCACGCCACUACACGGGCAGCAGGUAUAUACUCGAAGACAUCCAAGACUACUUGUUUCACAUGGCUUCUGAUGUUUGUCAUGACAUGUGUAUUUAUCAUGGUGGUUCUUUUAAUUCGCGUCACUUAAGGGUGUGUUGUGUUAGGAAGACUCAUCUUUCGUCCCAUAAUUUCUAUAUAUAUUUUGCAAUGUUGAACAGCGACAGUCUACAAAUUAUGAUAGAUAUAAUUUCUCAGAGCAUAGAAAUGUUGUUCGAUCACUAGACAUGGUCAGGGAAUGGAUUCAAAUGUUAAUGAUACUGCGACGCUAGUUAUCGAAACAUUUCAAGGGACUGCACUACAACUUUCAUUGGUGCAGGUCUUGCCACUUAUUGUAAUUAGAAUUAGCAAAUAUUGACUUACUACUGCAACUGUA